AUGUCCGCCUCCGCCCUCUUCCGCCGCGCCGCCGUCGCCCCGCGCAUGACCGCCGCCGCCCGCGCAUUCACCACCACCCGGCCCAACAACCUCGCCCGCAUCACCAUCGUCGGCAACCUCGCCGACGCCCCCGAGGUCGUCCCAACCAGCACCGGCCGCGAGAUUGUCAGAUACGCCGUCGCGAGCAACAGCGGGCCCAAAGAUAACCGCCAGACCAGCUGGUUCCGCGUCACGAGCUUCGAGCCCGAGGGUCCCCGUCGGGAUUUCCUUCAGAGCUUGCCCAAGGGAACUCUGGUCUACAUCGAGGGCGAUGCUUCCAUGCGCGCCUACCAAGAUGCCGAGGGCAAGAACCGCAGCUCCCUGAGCGUUGUCCAACGCUCCAUUGACGUCCUUAAACGUCCUCAGAACGGCGGCGAGGCCAGCGAGUAA